AUGAGCCAUUUAGAUGCGGCUUUCAACUGUGAAAUUAUACAGGAUUGUUAUGAAGCUUUUGCCUUGUAUUGCUUUGAGAGAUAUCUCAUAGCCUGCUUAGGUGGAGAGGAAAGUACAAUUCACUUUAUGGAAAGUCAAAGCUUGUUCGCUUCUAGUGUACCUCUUCUGGAUGAAGCAUAUGCUUAUGGAGUUGUUGAACAUCCUUUUCCGUUAAUUUGCUUUCUCAGGAAUUGGCAGCUUGGCUCUGACUUCUAUCAAGCUGUAAAAAUUGGCAUUGUUCAAUAUACGUGUACAAAUGUUGCUGUGAUGACAGAUUAUCCAUCUUUAGGAACCACACCUGACCCUGAAGAGAUUGCCGAUGAUAUGAAGUUCACAGUUUCGCACGUCGUGGAACCAGUUGAACGUGGCAUUGGGGGAAAGAAUUCUCAAAUGUGCACGAUGACAUUAUCAAAAGACAGCAUUUCCAGUCUAGAGGGACAUCUUCUCGAUCCACAUACAGAUAGCAUAUGCUGUUAA